ACAAUAAACACCUGCCGUCCGCAAUCGGAAUCUCUUCUUCCGACCUCAAAUUUUUAAUUCUCAGGAGGUGCCUAAUCAACACACAGUAGCACCACAACACAACUGACCUUCGCUCAUCUUUGGGCAUCACAAUGUCCCGCACCAUGACGGCCACAUAUACGGCUGUGGAAUCUCACGAGGAGCCAACUUUGGGAUCCUCAUCCGGUACAAAUUUCGACAUCGACAACGACCGAGCUCGGCAACGACGACGUCGUCACUCCUCGUACCAGCCGCGGGCAUGGAGCGCAGAACGCGAAAAUGUCUCAUUGAUUGUAGAUGAAUUCAUCAAGGAUCUAGGAAAGCGACUGGAAAUGUUAGAAUCGUACGGACAGCUGAAAUUCGACGAGGGUGUAAAGACACUGCACGACACAUUGUAUGCCAUUCACGAUCGCUGCAUGCACGUCUCCGACGAAUUCAUCGACGCUGGUAUGAAGAGACACAAGAUCUUGGUCGAGACCCUCGAGGCACACUACCGUGAUGCAUUGUCCACGCGAGCCACAAUGGAACAAAAGGUCCAGGAGGGCAUCAAGAUGCUGGAGACAAAUCUUGCGAGCCUCGAGCAAAGAGCAUACUCGCUACACAAGGCUGGAAUUGCCGCCACGGCAUCCGAGAUGUUGGAUUCUGGCAUAGCAUACAUGGACAAGACGUCUACCAAGGCCGCGGAGAUCGUGUCAGAAGUUGCGGUAGCUGCGCGGAAAGCUGAGGAGCGUCUUAAGCUCAAGAUUGAGGAGGCCAUCAGCCACGCUCGCAAACAUGGAUCUAUCACAUACGACAUGUUGCCCGAGCCAUGGCGUGUCAAUCCUCACAUCCUCCGGGGUUACCGCUUCCGGGAAAGCAAGCUCGACUGUCUCCGCUCCUGCUUCACACUCAACAACGAGUCCUUCAACAUUUGGUCCCACGGCCUCGGCUUCAUUCUCGUUCUUACGCUCGCAUUCUACGUUUAUCCCAACACUGAGGCUUUUGCUUCGGCUACGAACUUUGACAUCCUCAUCGCUGGUUGCUUCUUCUUUGCAGCAUGCAAAUGCAUGCUUUGUAGUACCGUUUGGCACACUAUGGCUUGCAUCUCAGACCAGACUCUCAUGGAACGAUUUGCUUGUGUCGACUACACUGGCAUUUCCUUCCUGGUCGCUGCAAGCAUCAUGACAACCGAGUACACAGCAUUCUAUUGUGAGCCCAUUAGCCGCUGGAUAUACCUGUCUGCAACCCUCGUCCUCGGAAUCGCCGGUACUAUCCUUCCAUGGCACCCGACUUUUAAUCGCGCGGACAUGUCAUGGCUACGAGUUGGCUUCUUCGUCACUCUGGCUCUUACAGGAUUUAUCCCAAUCGCGCAACUCACCUACGAGCGUGGAUGGAACGCGACCGCAUACUUCUACCGACCUAUUCUCGAAUCUGUUCUCGUCUACUUCGCCGGCGCGUGUCUCUACGCUGCCAAGAUCCCGGAGAUCUUUCUUCCUGGUUGGUUCGAUUACUUUGGCUGCAGUCACAACAUCUGGCAUGUUGCAGUAUUAGGUGGAAUCCUCUUCCAUUACAAUGCGAUGCAGAGCUUCUUCGGAGAUGCUUUCCGACGGGCAUCAUAUGGAGAGUGCUCCGUUUACUAGCCAGUUUUACGAUGUUGUCUUUCAUUUCUUUUCGCUUUGAGAUUAGCAUAGCCGGGGUUCUUUAUGUACGACUUCCAAGGUGGUGUUUGGAAGCAGACGUUCGUUGGUAAACUACUGAUUGGUACGCUGGUGACUAGAACGAAUUCAAUUCUCCUAUUUUCAUGUUCAUCUUCUUCACUGACGAGUCUCAUCCUACUGCAAUC